AUAUUAUGCAGGUUCUGGGUGGUUCUCGGUGGCUCGACAAUAUUGGUGAACGGGUUGUCCUGGUUGAGCCCAGUGACAUGUGCGAUCCUGCGGGCUUGAAAACUGACUCUAAGCCCUGCCUUCAGAAGCUCAUCACUGCCCUGGGAAACUACUCCAGGAUUUUCCAGAUGGAGGACCUGUUCGUGGGAUCAGAGAGGGAGAUGGCACAGAAAGUGGUAGUCAAGGUGACUGAGCUCCUCGGCCAGUUGGGGGCAAAAGAACCUCAAGGCCCAGCCACUAAACACCAGGCCUGGAUGCAGCAGAGCCUGGCACGGUACAGCGCACAAAGGCUCCUCUCCUUCUCCGUCAUUGUGGCCCGCGUCUUCGCCGCCGGCAACCCCGCAGCCCACGGCAACGCCCCUCCCACAAGCUGCCACCAGAGCUAA